CAGGCCGUUGAAGUAUCAGCGCUUCAGAAAGGCUAUGGCGACCUGCCCGUGCUGUGGGACCUGGACUUCUCCCUGGGCUGGGGUGAAUUCCUGGUGCUGUUCGGAGCUAACGGCUCCGGCAAGACCACCCUGCUGCGUGUCCUUGGCGGUCAGGCCCGUCCGGACGAGGGAACAGUCCGCAUCGCCGGUUAUGACCUGCGCCGGCGACCCGCGGCGGCCCGUCGGCAGGUAGGGGUGGUAGCCCAUAGCGGGUUCCUCUACGACGACCUGUCCUGUAGUGAGAACCUCACCUUCUACGGGCGUCUCUACGGCGUGGAGAACCUGAAGGAGCGGGUAGCGGAGGUCCUGGAGCGUGUUGGCCUGACCCAUCGCGCCGACCGUCGAGUCCGCAACCUGUCUCACGGUAUGCAGAAACGGUUGGCCAUCGCCCGCGCCAUCCUCCACCAACCUUCCCUGUUGCUGCUGGACGAACCCGAGUCGGGGCUGGACCGUGAGUCAGUAACGGCCCUGGCUGAUCUUCUGAGGGAAUGGACAGCGUCGGGUCGCUCAGUGGUUAUGACCACCCACAAUGUAGACCUGGGGCUGGCGUGGGGGGACAAGGUGGCCGUGCUGUCCCACGGCAGGCUGGACUUUGCGGGGGCCGGGGACUAUUUGGGGGUGGGGGGAAAACAAUAG